UUACUCACAACCAGAACCAGAACCAGAACCAUUAUUGCAAAAUGAACAGCCCCAGUGCGUGAAGGUCCGUAGCCACGGCUACGAAUCUAUCCUAAAUCGAAGUUUCCCAUUCGAUCAGACGCCAGUCAAACAACAUGCCGCCAACUAAUCCCUGGGGAAAGAAAACGCAACUCAAUACCUCCUCGUCUGGGUUCCCAGGCUUGACGCCCACCAAAGGGAACGCAGCCCCAUCCCCGUCUCCAAAAUCUCAAUAUGAAGAAAUCCAAGAGGACGAGCUCAUUGCCUUGUCUUCAAUAUAUGGAGAAGAUUUCACCCAAAUCGAAACCAAUCAUGUGGCAUGGAAGAAAUCAGAGCCACAGUUUGAAAUACGCAUUAAAUCCCCGGACGAAGAUAUAGCAGUGACUCUUGCUGCGACGCUCACGGCCACAUAUCCUAGAACGCCGCCUUUAUUAAGUAUCAAAGGGGAUGAGGGGCUCCGAGAAGCAACACGAUUUAAGAUUCGAAAGGCGAUUGAGGCCAAGGCUAAAGAGUUGGUGGCCGAGGAACAAGCUAUGAUAAUGGAAAUCGUCAACGUUUGCCAGGAGAUAUUAGACGAAGCAGCCGAAGCCAAGGCUGCAGGUCGAGAGCUUCCUAGCCUGGAAGAAGAGCGCGCUGCGCAUGAAUCAGCUGCGGCCAAACUAGCUGAAGAACAGAGACAGGAGGAAGAACGGAAGAAAAGACUUGAGAGUAUGGAGCAAGAACGUAUGCUUGGGUCAUUGGUUCAAGACGAGCUUAAGCGUCAAAGAAUAAAAGUAAAAGAGACGCAGCUCAAGAAUCGGCCACCUCCGACUAUGAUACCUCAGUCACCUAUGGAUAAGAACUCCAAUGGUCAAGCGCUCCAUGAACUAUUUACCUUUGAUCAAACAAUCAACUAUACAGAUGCUUCUGGAAACCCUUUUGUAUUUCAGGCCGUAGCCGGUAAGGCCUUACUUCGUCGAGGUCCUAUAUCGAAGUGCUAUACAGUUAGAGCACUCACUGCCGGCGAAGCUCCAACACUUGUCUUGAAACAGACAGACCUCGACACAGUAGUGAAAGACCACAACUCUUUCAAGAAACAACUGCAGCUACUUGAAACUGAGCUGGAACAACUGAAGAAGAUCAGACAUCAAAAUGUACUUGAACUUCUAGAUUUCAAGGUUCAUCGGACCAUUGAUGAAGAUGCAGAGUCCGACUCGUCAUGGACCGUUAACAUCUUGAGCGAGUUUGCUGAGAAAGGUUCGCUGGAAGAGUUUCUUGACAUUGCUGGGAGUCUUGACGUGAGCAAAGUCCGCUCGUGGACAAUAGAGCUCCUUGAUGCGUUACGCUACAUUCACGGUCACGGCAUCACCCAUGAGGAUAUACACUGUGGCAAUGUCCUUCUAGUGAGAGAGCCAACGGGAGAAGUUAGGCCAAAGCUGGCUGAUGCUGGCUAUGAAAUGAAGCUGCAUCGUCUCUGUAGCAAGAGAAGACAACCAGCAGAUACAAUAUCGGUAGCCAAGUCCGCCUACUGGCUUCCACCCGAAAUCGCAAACACAGAACAGCCGCAGUACACCCCAAAGACGGACAUUUGGGAUUUCGGGAUUCUAUUUUUACAGAUGAUGUUUGGCUUGACGGUCAUUCAAAAAUAUGCUUCCCCCAUGAUUCUGGCAGACUCAUUAUCAUUGUCUAGUUCUCUGGAUGAGCUUGUGCAUAAGCUGUUCAAACCGGAUCCAAAGAAACGCCCUCGUGCGUUUGAAUUGAGCUCUUCCGAAUUUCUAGCCACAGAUGCGCCCAUACUUGAUGAAGAGAUAUCUGCUGCGGGGUCGACGAUGGGAUCUAUAACGUCAACGAUGCCUGUAACUCCACAUCGACAGAGGCAUGACUCUAUGAAUGCUGGUGGUCCUUUCUCUAGGUACAAAGAGGACUUCGUAGAGGAAGGUCGUCUUGGCAAAGGUGGUUUCGGUGAAGUGGUAAAAGCAAGGAAGAAGCUCGAUGGGCGAAUCUACGCUAUCAAGAAGAUCACUCAAAAGUCAUCAUCGUCACUGACUGAGGUCUUGAAAGAGGUUCGUCUCCUGUCACAACUCAGCCAUCCUUACGUUGUCCGGUAUUAUAACACCUGGACCGAAGAGGUACUAGAUGUAUCUGGAACCGACGACGAUCUCGCGACUACGGACACAGCAACAUCCGGAGGUUCUGUCAGAGAUGUAUCCCCGGCAGACGGGCCGGAGAUUGAAUUUGGGACUAGUACUGGUGGCCUAGAUUUUAUGUCCUCCAGUGGAUAUCCACAGAUUGAAUUUGGCUACGAUGAUGAUUCAGAAUCAGAAGCUGAUGAUGAGGAAGAUGACGAUUCCACGAGCCAUGGAGACCGAAACAUCAAUGCAGGAAAUGGACGCAAUAAAUUAGUCUUGAAGCGUACCCGUUCCAGCUCACGCUUUCAGCGACCUUUCAAAACCAUUCUAUAUAUCUCUAUGGAAUACUGCGAGAAACGAACACUUCGCGACCUAAUCAAAAGAGGUCUCUACAAGGACAAUGAUGAAAUUUGGCGUCUAUUUCGGCAGGUUCUGGAAGGGUUAGCUCAUAUCCAUAGCUUGAACGUUGUCCACCGCGAUCUCAAACCGGAGAACGUAUUCAUCGACGCUGCGUCAAACGUUCGUAUCGGGGAUUUUGGAUUAGCAACGAGUGGACACUACAACGUUAACGAAAAGGCAUCUUCCACUGCUAUGCUUAUCGGUGGUGAUAUGACCAGAAGCAUUGGCACAGCCUUUUACGUGGCCCCUGAGGUCCGUUCGUCGGUUGGGGGCACCUACACUAGUAAGGUGGACAUGUACUCCCUUGGUAUCAUAUUCUUCGAGAUGUGUUACCGACCAAUCGUGGGUAUGGAACGAGCCCAAGUCGUUGAAAGACUGAGACAAAAGCAGCCUGCUCUACCAUCAGAUUUUGACGUCAGGGAAAAGCAUGUACAAGCAGAGAUCAUCCUGUCACUUCUCAACCACAACCCAAAAGAUAGGCCAGCGAGCUCCGAAUUAUUACAAAGCGGAAAACUGCCAGUACAAAUGGAAAGCGAAACGAUCCGUCAAGCAUUAGCUGGACUUUCAGAUCCCAAAUCUCCCUAUUAUCACAAGAUGAUGAGCGCCUUGUUCUCACAGCCUAUAAAACAAGCCAAAGACUUCGCCUGGGAUAUGGGCACUGCUAACCACAGUGCUAACGAUCUCCUGCUACAAGGUCUUGUCAAACAAAAGUUAAUUGGCAUUUUUCGCCAUCAUGGAGCGGUAGAGACACCACGCAGUGUCUUAUUCCCACGUUCAGGACACUAUGGGCCCAAUGCUGUUCAAUUAUUGGACUCUAAUGGAACUUUGGUCCAAUUACCAUAUGAUCUCACUUUGCCAUAUGCCCGAGCGAUUGCAAAGCAUGAACCAGCUGCGCAACGAUCCUUCGCUUUUGGCCCUGUCUUUCGUGAUAGACAAUCUGGCGGUCAACCUCAAACUUUCGGAGAAGUUGACUUCGAUAUUGUAUCCAUUGACAGUCUCGAUUUGGCAUUGAAAGAGGCGGAAGUGAUCAAGGUGCUGGACGAAAUUGUUUGCAGUUUCCCAUCUCUUCCAGCAACACAAAUGUGCUUUCACAUAAAUCACAGUGAUCUUCUUAGCCUCAUAUUCGAUUUUUGCCGAAUAGAGACUGGUGUUCGCCAGCUUGUCUCGGAUACUUUGAGCAAACUCAAUGUCCAACAGUGGACAUGGCAGAAAAUUAGGACUGAGCUUAGAUCACCACUCAUUGGAGUAUCGGCUACAAGUGUUGAUGACUUACAACGCUUUGAUUUCCGAGACACGCCCGCCAGAGCUAUUCAAAAGCUCAAGACUAUUUUCGAAGGCACAGAUAUAUUCGACAGAGCUUCCUCUGCAAUUGCUCAUCUGAAGGAUGUCAUUGUGUAUACCAAGCGUUUUGAUGUCAGAAGCAAGAUCUAUCUGAAUCCUCUGGGGAGUUUGAAGGAAAAGUUUUGCAAGGGAGGUAUAAUAUUCUCCUGUCUGUACGACCGAAAGGUACGAGAUGUAUUUGCUGCUGGUGGACGCUAUGAUUCUCUCAUUCGAGAACAUCGGCACAGAAUUGGCGGUGAAGAACGUCACGCCGUCGGGUUCAACUUGGCAUGGGAAAAGAUGGCAAGGCUUCCAAAGGCUGGCGCCAAGGGAUUUCUCAAGAAGCCAGAAGAGGAUCUGCAAGGUAUCUGGAACACAAAACGGUGUGAUGUGCUUGUUGCCAGUCAUGACCCAGCAAUUUUACGUACAACGGGUGUUGAUAUUGUUCAACAGCUAUGGGCCCAUGAUAUAAGUGCAGAACUAGCACAGGAUUCACGCUCCUCCGAAGACUUGCUUUCCAAAUACCGAGGAGAUAAUCACUCUUGGAUUAUAAUAAUCAAGCAGGAUGCUAUUAUAAAAAUCAAGAGUAUGGAUAGGAAAGAUGUCCCGGAUGCCGACAUUCCAUCGACCCAGCUCUUGGCCUGGCUGAGGAGCGAGAUCCGAGAGAAGGAGCAGAGAGAUGGUACAAAUCAGCGAGCAAAGCUGCAGCGCCUUUCAACUCAACCUGAAACUAGCGGUCUGAGUGACCAUGAACAAGAUGUUCGUGUUCUUGUGGCUGGGACGAAGAGCAAGAAGUCCAAUAGACGCAACAUCGUUGAGCAGGCACAAGGAAGAACAAUGGCCCUAGUGCAAUCCUUCCUGGAUGGACCAAUUGCUGCUAUUGAGACUACUGAUCCAGUUAUGGACAUGAUCCGUGAAACGAGGCUAUCUGAUGCUGAGAGUUGGAGAAGAGUGACACAUGCGGUCCCAACGACGGAGCGACGCUACAUAGGGGAGAUCCAUGAUUUGAUGAGCACCCUGGCACAGCAGAAUAAAGGCAUUACCAGGAAUGCCUUCAUCUAUAAUUUCAGAACCGGGUCAUGCAUAUAUUACGACCUUGGAGCUUGAGAGAGGAAUCCGGGGAGGGGGGGUUAUACAGCAGUAGUUUGUUGUUGCGGAAUUGCAGAUACCCUGAGCGCUUAUACAAUAAAUUCAAUUCAGG